GGACGUACUCGUUCACGUUUGCGCGCGCCCUAAGCAGAGAACUGAGCGAAAAAUUCAACGAAAGCUUUUCCAGAGAGUGUGGGGCUUCCUGACCAAAGGAGGAGGAGGACUGCUUGUUGAGCAAGUUGUCUUCAAGCGGCUCGACGUGCACGGAGAGGUGGGGGUAUUUUUGUUGCACAGCUGCACCGACAGGGCUGCUGGAGUUUUCUCUCGACCCGGGACCGCCUUUGGGUUUUGAGUUUUAGCAGGGAGCAGCAGCAGCAGCAGAAACACACCACGCAAGCCACACGGGGAGGAGAGGAGAGAGAGAGGGCAGAAGUUUCCGCUGGCUUGUUUUGUCACUGCGCGCCUGGUAAAUCCGCAGGAAUGUCGCAGAAGGAGAGACCCACUUUCUAUCGGCAGGAGCUCAACAAAACCAUGUGGGAGGUCCCGGAGCGGUACCAGAACUUAUCGCCUGUUGGCUCCGGUGCUUAUGGAUCCGUAUGGUAAGCAGUUGUUGCAGAGCAAUGACGAGAGCGCAUAGCUUCGUUGCACAACGACCGAGCGGGUUCCCACCACCCACAGAGGCCCGUCGGAGUUACCUCCCGGCGGGCUGCUUAUCAGUCUGUUCAGGCUGCUAGAAGACGACAUGAGCGGUGUUAGGCAUACCGUGUUGUUUACAUUUUCAUAGUUUGGCUGUUUUGAAGUCGAUGGCACAUCGCGCACGCUUCGGCGCCGAUCGCCUUUCUUCGGCGGGUGGGGAUUAUUUUUGUUGUUGUGCACAUUUUUUGUUUUGCUGUCUGUGCCUGUGUGUACCGAUCGUGUCUCGUAAGCUCUCUGGUGCGUUCAGGGUCAAGUCCAUAUAGAUCCCAGUGUUAGAUUAUGCAGAAGACCUGCUGUUUUAAAACUGUUUAUCAGUAUCUCGUGCAGAAGGAACAUCAGAGACAUGUCUGUGCUUGCAUCCUCUGCCAAAGUGGUCCCUGCUCGUGAGACAGGAUCACAGCGCACUGAACAUCGAGGGUCGACCGACAUCUACCAUAACAAUCGCCUCGCACUAGAAGAGUAUUUUCGCACUGCUCGUUGAACCUGGCACCUUACACACCCGCACAUUGCAUGCACUUUGCAUUUUCUAGUUGGGUGCAGCCUGCAGAGUACCAGAAGGUCACGUGGUUUUCAGAAAGUAGGCCCCCCUCUAGUGCAUAGGGAGAGCUUUCUAUAUGAGCCUAUCCGAAGAGGAUGAUGACUCUAGAAUGAUGUCACCCUUUCUCCCGUUGUAGUACACCCAUGACUCACUGUCCCGAGGUUAGGUAGUGGCCUCAGCUGUGACGCUCUCUAAGUCAUCACGAAGUCAUGGAUGGUACCGGCCCAUAAUCUGAAUUUAGCUGUUAGUUUUUCACCCCUCAUUCAACUUUAUGGUUGGGAUGGAUUUAAAACCUUUACUAAAAUUUACAUCAAAUAACUACCUUUGCACAUACGUCGAGAUAUUGAUACACCCUGUUGAUAGGGUUGGGCGAUAUGGGAAAAAGUUUAUCACAAUAUAUUUUGUGAUAUCGAUAUAUCUGUAUCAAGAUAUAACAAGUGAAAUUUAACAGUGCUUAUUGGGAUGGGUUUAAAACCAGUACAAAAAUUUACAUCACAUAACUACCUUCGCAUAUACGUCGAGAUAUUGAUACACCCUGUUGAUAGGGUUGGCCGAUAUGGGAAAAAGUUUAUCACGAUAUACUUUGUCAUAUCAGUUGAUAUCGAUAUAUCUGUAUCAAGAUAUAACAAGUGAAAUUUAACAGUGCUUAUUGGUAGCAUGUCUUUUGCAAUACAAUAAGCUAGGGCCCGACCGAUUUAUCGGCAAGCCGAUUAAAUUGGCUAAUUUUAGCCCGUUUGAGACUAAUCGGUAAUCGUCCAAAAUUCGCUGAUUAUCCCAGAUAUAUUCAGAAAUAAAAUGUGGAGAAUAAGGAAUAAAGUUGCUACGGACCAUCUUUUCAAAUGUUCCGCCAUUUGAAAAGAUCCCACGGCUCAUCCUGUAGAUGGCGCAGCGACCUCAUGACAACCUUCAUCCACUAACUACCUCACAGCACAGCACAGUGAUGGAUCUGAGGCAGGCAGCUCAGGGACGCACAGAGGAGAGUGGUCCGCCUUAAUGGUAAAUAAACCAGUUUGUAAAAUAUACAAUUAGCCAACAAGUUUCAGUUCAACCCACUUUACGAUGUCCCCUGCUGUGCUGGUCUCGGUCACGCAGAGUUAACGGUGAAGCACCAUGUAACAUGCAAGCUAAAGUUAGAGUUAGCCAUCUGCUAUUAGCCUUGCUACACUGUUAGCCGUGCCAGUAACAGUAGAAUAAACAACAGUACACGUUACGUGAUUGAGCUACUUCUCUUACUGAGGCAGCUGCAUGUCUCCAGAUGAGACCAGACUGGAAAUGAGUAACAUGAGUUAAGAUGCAGAAAAAUUUAAAAAAUCGGCCGAUUAAUCGGUAAUUGGAUCCCCCCCCCAAUAAUCGGUAUCGACAUCGGCCCCAAAAAUUCCAUAUCGGUUGGGCCCUACAAUAAGCUAAUGCAUUUGUGAGGUCUUUGAGUCGCUUCUUCAGAGGCCUCAAGGUCAGUGACACAACAACACAGUUUAGACAUUUUUAGACUAACCAUAAUCCUAUGUUUUAUCAAAACUAUCUCUUCUGCCUUUUCCUAAUGUAUUAACUUUUCUUAUGAUUGCUGAAAAACUUUUUUCUUUUAAUAUUGGUUUAACACCAGAAUACUAAAUUAUGUCUCUCAAACAUGUGGCCAUGUCUUCUUCUGGCAUUAAAUUCUUUUCGUAUUAUUGUUUGAAGCAGUUUUUGAUUGUACGUUAAAUGUACUGUUGUUCACCCAGUUUACGCAAUUCAAGUAGGGAACUGGUUGCUGGAACUUACUAACAGUUCAAUGUAGGGCUGGGCGAUAUGGGAAAAAGUUAAUUUUGAUAUAUUUUUUUCAUAUCAGUCGAUAUCGAUAUCACGAUAUAAAAAAAAUCACUUGUCAAUGUUACAUGUUUCCUGUUACUCUUAAAUGAAAUGUAACAGUGCUGAUUGGUAGCAUGUUUUUUGCAAUACAGUAAGCUCCUGCAUCUGUGAGGUCCUUGUGUCUCUUCGAUGUUUUGUCGUAAGGCGUUGUGCUAGAGAAAGCGGACUGAAAGGUCGGUUCAGUGCAGCGCAGACCCGGAGCAGCUCCCUUUUCUUUGGCCAUUUGUACAGUCUACCAAAACAUGGCAGAAUGCCGGCUAUGCACAUUGACUGAAUUAAUUUUUGAUAUAUUUCAUUAUUGUUUUAUCGCCCAGCCUUACCUGUCGAUAUUCGUCUGUGCUGAGUAUUUGUAGGUAGAUAAUGUUAUGCAGGUCUUGUGGGCCAAAAGAGUGCUGAAAACAUAAAAAGUGCUGCUAUGCUUGAAAAAAAAACUCCAUGACGUUUUUCACUCUUUGCAGUGAAGAUUGGGUAAACCAAUUAAAAAAAAAUGUUGGUAUUUAUUGGUUGUUGAUAACGUAUUACAGGGAACAUAACAGCAUGAACAUGAUGGCAGCUUUUGUAGAUGUAGAUCCUCUGCUAGGAGUUUCAAUAAUGAGCUUGGGUCAACAGAGUUCAACCUGAAAGAACAGCAUCAUCCUGCACAUGACUUUCCCUUCCUCAAUUUUCUAUUCCCCCUCACAGUGUGUAUUUGUAAUACCUUGAAAAAACAGCUUUUCUACUAUUCCAUGGAUUGAUUUUAAUAACAUUUGAUAACAUAAUUUUUGAGUACUUUACAAGAGUCAUUUUAGAAUUAGCAUUAUUUGAAAAAAUUGAAAAGUUGUUACGGACCAUUUGCCAUAUUGGCAGUAAAAGCUUUGUUUUAGUUUUUCUAUUUAGAGUUUUAUUUUUUACUUGAACUCGGCACAGUCUCCACUAAACAGAAUGAGAUUAUUUUGUGACCUGGUUACAUCCAGACUUCUGCAUUUUGCAGAAUUAUCCAAUCUACUGCAAUCAUAACUUAGAGUAAGGUGAUCAGUGUGAUGGGGAGCAUUUGGCUGAAUUUCCUCCCCUGAAUUAAAAUUUUUGACUCGACUUUACUUAUCAGUAUUGCAAUUAAAAUACUAAGUGAAGCACUAAAAAUCCCAAUGACUACUGUCACUUUAUAGGGAAAAAAGUAAUCCAAGGCUUUAUUUUUCCUUGUGUGCUGUUUCAAAAGGACAAAAAAUGGUGCAGGAAACAGAGUACAGACUUCAGUGCACUUGUGGUUGGGUUAACUCAGUCAAAUCUGAUUCUGCAGUUUGAAGUCUGUGCACACUCUAGCGUUGACUCGAGACUCUUCUGAAAACUCAAAUUUUAGUUUGUGCUCUCCCUCAAAAACUUCGGUUCUUUUGUUUUACUUCUUUGUUAUUUUCUUUUGACCUUACUCCACAGUACACAUCUAAUGAUAUCUACUGAAAGACGUCAGCAAUUUGCACAGUCAUCCUUUGUAAUCCUGCGCUGUACACCCCUCUGUAAUCUUCAUACACCUAAAAGUUUAAACAGUAAACAUUGUAACUAAAGAAAUGCUGUGUAGUUUGCUCAGACUUAACUAAGUGAUAUAGAGUACAAACACCUCUCAAUGAUGCAGCCCUUCCUUAACAUUCAAUUCAGAGUCCGGUGUUAAAUCACAGCAAAUUGUUGAAUAGGUAAAGAACUGUAGGAUUCCCCCAGAUUCUCACCACCAUCAAAAGAAAGGCUAAAUGCAUCCAAGUACAUUGUUCUUUCAGUCUGCAGCUACCCUGUGUUUGUCUUUUGAGGAAAUUCCUCAGUGUUUUAUCUGUAAAUGAUAGAAUAACCUACCAGAGCGAGGAGAUAUCAGCCUGUCAUUGAAUCAGCAGACAGUCACACAGCCCUUUGAAUACUUCAAUAAAUUCUGCAGGCAAAGUGUGUCAAACAGCAGGGUGCCAUUAAACCCCUUCAGAAGGUAUUUGAAAAGUAUAAAUAACCUCAAAGUACUUUCUCUAGCAUCGCAUGGCUGUCGGUCAGCUGGACAAAUUCUCAGUUGCUUAGCUGACAUAGUCUUUGUUGUUGCUGCCAUAAAAUUUGUUAGGCUUUCUGCUUGAAUUCUUCCCAGAUUCUUAAUAUACAAAACAUUUACCAUGUGGGAUUUUUAAAUACUUUUCCACACCAACCGCCCUCUGAACUUUGGGACUUCUUAGAAAACAAGAAAAAAAAAAACAUCACAACUUCCCCCAAAUUUUCUGACCUUGUUUCUGUUUUCAAAUGUCAGACUUGGAGGAGGUCCAGGGCUAAUGUGGAAAAUGGGGUUUUAUAGUGAAUACUGCUGACGGGGAUUACAGUAUGGACUGUGUGCUGCUGAGAGCCUCGUGUUAUUCCGUCUGUUUCCCACUGGAGCAGAAACCACCACCUAACAGAUUCAGACCCACAGGGCGUGCAUGCUUAUUAAAUCAGCGGCUCAUGCUGGAAAAUAAUUUAUGGUGGGGGUAUGGGGUAAAAUCAUGAAAAUGCAUUUGUUUUCUGGAAUUAAAUAAAAAACACUUUUGACAUUGAAAGUUUUUUUGUGCAGACAGUGCAUUUUGAACAUUGCGUUUGUGUUUAAACUCAAAUGAUCCAUGAAAGUGAACUUAUUCCUUUCUCUGUAGGGUUGCUGUUUUUAGUCUGCCUAGCCUCCUCUCUCUGCUGGUGUCAGCAUCCAGCAGCACAUGCAUUUGUUCAUCCGUUUACCUAAGUCCUUUACAUGAUGUCAGACAUUUAUGUCCCAUCAUCUGUCCUUUCUUUUGUCCGCACUGGUAAUAUGUAGCAACAGGUAUUUUGCUGAUUAAGAGGGGAUUAUAAAGCAGGCUAAGGUGCUCAGAGCAUGUAAUAUUGUGGCCAGCUCUAGCUGACGCACUUGGUUUCAACCCAGCAGACAUGUGCACGGACUUGUCACCUCUCCAAACAAACAGCCAACUUACAUUUAAAACCAGCAAUUUAGCUCCAGCAUUCAGACAUGUACCUCAAGUGACCUCGAACAUCUGUGUUGUGAGAAGGGCCAAACCGUUAAUUUUGGUUCAAGUGUUUGAGAAUGAGCUGCACACAGACAUCCUCGGUGUGGAGGCACCAAAAGAGGCGUCUUUUUGCACUUAAAUUAGUUAGAUUCAGUAUUUUAGGUUGUAUCAAAUGAAGAAAACAAGUAAAAUGAACUAUGCUGUCUUUAAAAUUUUCUGUAAUUCUCUAUUUUGCGGUAGGAAAACUCAUUAAAUGCUUUAAUACUUUAGAUAUUUGUUCUUAGGAGCUAUCACAUGACAGUGGUAUAUGCCUCCAGGAGUAACUGAACUUUCCAGGCAUUCCAGCGUAGGCAGUGAUUAGUGAGUAAUGACUUCUGGCACACGCUUCCUUCUUUGUUUUUGGCAUUGUUAACAGUCCAGUUAGCAACCUGAAAAGUGACUGUGUGUUCAGAUCAAAACCAAAAAUGAAAUUUGAUCUUCCACAUACUGUAUGCAUGUACAAUAAACACUGUCAUAUCUAGUUUCAGUACAUCUCCUGGAUCAGUCGGUUUCUUGUGAGUCUCAGUUUCUCUGUAAACACCCAGUAACACUGAGGCUUCACUCUGGCUAACUGGAACAGUGCAAAUCAGAAAAGAAAUGGUUUCCUUGUCAUUAACUUGGAAUUCAUGGGUGUGAAGACUUUCCUACAUACGUGGAAGUCUGCCAAUAUGUGGUUGGUCAAUACCACUUAACCUGCAAACGUAGUACAAAUGGAAACAGAACACUUCCAACGCCAAAACCCAGUUCUCUUAGUACUGUAAAUAGAGAUUACAGUGAGAUUACACUUUCCUUUGUAUUCUUUAGGGCCAUGUUCCGACAAAAAUAGUUGAAUAGUUUGCAUGAUAUAACUAUGACCUUACACUCUGUACAUUGUCAGACACAUAGGUUAAAAGGAGAGAGACUCCUUCAUUAGUAGGUAGUGAUUUAAAGACUAACAGCUGAGUCCAAACAUUAAUAAAGGAGAAAUUAAAGGAGAAUAAAGUGAAGCAUGUAUGACUUGUUGAUCUUGAUUCUCCAACUUGCAAGAAGAAUAUCUGAGACCACAAAGGCCUGAAAACCAGUUUAUCUGGGAAGAUGAAGAGAGGAUAGUCUAGUUGUUCACCUAUACCAUCAGCAGAGUACUGAGGAAAAUCACUGUUUGUCUGCCCCGGGAUAAUUUAAUUAAAGCUGGAUGAUGGAUACAAGACAAGAUAAUUGCUCCUGCCAUGUGAACUUGUUAAAUCUGGUUAUCUUCCUUUCACUGAGGUCAUAAUCACAGACAAUGUGCUGGUUUUGAAACAUAUCUGAAUCAAAAGAUUAUUAUGCUCAAAUGUAAGUAAAACAAACAUCUAAAAAAGCAGCAUGAUACAAACAGACUUCUUCUGACCAUCUAAAGUACAGUGAUCACACACUUCUCCCCUACAGUUACAUUUGCCUGUAACUUCACUAUGUUCCAGCUGACUGUGUUAUCUCUGCUGCGCGUUCCUGUCAUAACCAUAAAAACAUUAAAAAACAAGUCUUAAUAACCAUAUGCUUUUAUUACUUCCUUCAUUACUGAAAAAGCAUUUUUAUGGAUGUUUCAUCAUCAAGCGGGGUUUAAAGGGAGCACAGAUCUAUGCAUCCAUAUAACAAAAACUAAUUUCAGACUUUAUGAUUAAAUCAGCAAUGAUUGACCUGGGGAAAGUGCUGAAGUAAUUCUUCGAUGUUUACAUAAAACUGCUUUGUUAUCUUGUUUCUUUUAGAUUAUUCGGGCUGGGUGGCACAGAGCUACAUUGGACUGUUAUGUUAACUAAAGCAGAUGGGAGGGGAUGACAUUGUCUCCGUUCUUCCUGACUUGUGUAUGGGUGAAAAGUCUGAGCAGUUUAAUGCUUGUCAAACAGGUCAGGGUUUUGUUCAUCUCAUUAUUAACCUCUGAAGCAUACUUAAGUUCUCCCACGGAGAGCUGGUUUUCUAAACCUGAUUUGAUAUUUUAGGUGUUGAGAUGUCCAGGCUUUUAUGUGUCAAAUAACAUUAUAAAUGACUGAGAUAAACAGCUGUACUGUCUUUUUACAUUAUGACUCUAAAUUCAGGUUAUCCUUCAUGAAACAUCCGUAUUUAGAUCAUAUGUUAGUCAGCGUAAAUGUGCUCACAUGUCAGGCUGUGACAAAGAUUGGAUUUACUCAUUACUAUUUGUGCAUUGGCUGUCAAAGGCUGCUAAAGAAAUGCACGUCAGCGUUGGCCAUUAUGAGGUUGAGGUUUAUUUUUAGGGAGUCAGUUAUUGAUAAAAACUUUGUAUGACCUAAUAAUGUCUUGGAAAGAGCACCAUCUGUCCAAUCCCUGUUGACAUUCUGCAGUGGCACCAUCAUCCUUCACAAACUGGUUUUGCAGUUACUUAAAGUAGUUGGUUACCUUAUCGAGGGGGUGAGUGAGUGGUGAUGGAAACCGGGAAGACAUCUUAACAAGCUGUUUGCCCACAUGCUCCCUUUUUGUCUGUGAGUGGACAUAUUGCUGAUGAUCCCUCCCUCUCAGAGAUCUUGGUCUCAUUAUGCUGCUCCUUUUUACAGCCCACAUUUUAUGGUCACCUCUUAUUGCACUGCCAUUUAUUACCCACUAAUUGGAUGGUGUAUGCUUUGGCCUGUCCUGUUUGUCCUGCAGAUUAGCAGUAGUUUAGAAGACAGUAUGCAUGUGACUUUGUUUUCACAUUUGGCUUUGGUGAGCUCUUUACUGACUGAGCUUGGGUUUUCCCUCACAAGUGACACAUUUACACGUUGUUCUGCAUGCCUGGGACGCGGAGUUCAGAUUAUCUCUCACUUACUGGAACAAACACACUUCUUAUCUUCAUAGUUUCUUUAUAAUGGAUAAUUAGGACCAUAACUUUGUUUUGAGUGUGGAAUAUGACCAAUACUUGCAUUAAAAAAGAAAUCUAUGGAUGUAUGGUAAUGCUUGAUUUACAGUCCUGCUGUGGAGAGGUUGAAAGUUUGAGUCAGACAGUUAGUGAGUGAAAUCUGAAAGAGGAACUGACACCCCUCUUCUCUUAAAAAACUUCAUUUUCAGCUAAGAUGCCACAUUGCACAUUGUGCACUUGUGUGUUUUUAAUUACUUUGCCACUGGCUCUUCAGCUUCAUGAAAAAAUAUUGCAUCCAUCCGCCAAGUUUUAACCACAAUAAGAGGAAACCGUACUUACCAUCUAUUUUUUUUUCAGUUCUUGUUUUGCAAUCAUGUUACAGCUUAAGUGAGUGACCUGGAAGGAAUGUGGUUUAUUGUAAGUGGGUUGUUUUCUCACAGAUGCAGGAAAUGCAGAAAUGUCACAAAUCUGUUGGGGGCCAGGCCCAUCUGCUUCUCUAUCUGCCCACCCUCACACUGUCUGUCUUUAUACCUUCCUCAAUUUUUUUUUAUAGUUUAUGCAGAUUUGAACCAUUCAAUUUCCCAAUAGGAGAAUGUCUGAUUUAUAUAUAUAAAUAUAUUCUGUAAUAUGUUCUACUUCCAUGACUAUUGAAUCAUCAGAUGAGAAUGCAAAUUUUGCUCCCGGCUUUUGUAUUACGCUGUCUUUGUUUUGUCACAUUCCCGUAGCCACACCUAUUUGGGUUCCUCUUUUUGUGUUUUUCUCUCGAGCUCGUCAUUGACAAUGAUGUAUCCUGUUACACCCUUACAAUGAAAUGAGAAAAUAAUGAAUGAAAGGAUGACUUAUGACCUAACAGUAGUGUACCUGCAGAAGUUUAAAGUUAGUUUCUGUUCGCUGAAAUUCGCUGUUGUUCAGAGUUGCUUCUGCUUAAGAGACAAAUUGGGUCACAUACUGAAGUUGAUUAUUUGACACUUUUUUUUCUGUUUGUGUCAUUCCUUUGUUCCUGUUUUGUAACACCUCAGUUAGCAUUUAUUCAUGCUGUGACAUAAAGUCCGAAUUACUCCAAUAAUGCUUUUAUGGAUCAAUUCUGUAAUUUCACAUGCUAAAACCAACUGUUCAUUUUUUGCACAGGAUUGUCGUAAAAAAAAAAGAGCUGUAAUUGUAGGUUAUCAGAGGCCAUUGUUAGAACAUUAUGUACUGAACAUAAUAUGGAGAUAAUGUUUGGCUAUGGCGUUGUACCAUACCUGGAAUAUGUCAACAUCCGUCCUCAUGAAGAAAUUUGCCAAAGUUUGCCAAACGCUGCUUUUGUAAGCAGAUACUCUUUGACCAGCUUGAUGUUCAAUGUGUAAGUCAAAGCGGGGAUUUUUUUUUCAUGCUCUGUGUGUCUUUGACAAUGCUUAAGGUGCAGUCAUAUUCUGCAAACAGCCUGUGGCUGCAGAGUAUAACAAGAAGUAAAACCAAGAUGUCUUUCUUGUGCAAUUAUGUUUUUUUUUUGAGCUGGUACACCCACGCAGUCUAGAGAAACAUCGCUUUUCCAGUUAGAUAAAGAAAUUACCUCUAUUUGAAUACAACCAUUCUCAAUGCUGUACUGCUAUCUUUGUAAACAAACAAGGUCUGACUGUCUUCAACCCCCUGUGUGUUUUCAGUUCAGCGUAUGACGUGAAGACAGGCCUGAAGGUAGCAGUGAAGAAGUUGUCCAGACCCUUCCAGUCAAUCAUCCAUGCAAAGAGAACCUACAGAGAACUGCGGCUGCUCAAACACAUGAAGCACGAGAAUGUAAGUCACCUGCAAACAACCCCAGACAAACACACCCUCCACCCCCCUCUACCUCCUGUGUAUAAUAUCUGCAUUGUUGGUGGUUUUAGCUCCUAAGAAAGGACUGCAUGUUUGCGGACAUUAAGUCGGCACUGCUUACAUGUUGUGCUGUGUGAAUCCUUUAUGAAGCAAACUCUGCCCCGCCUCUUAGGAAUGUAGCUGAGUGUCUGGAGAUCACGGUGACACAAGAGCCGAUAGGAAGCUUAUACUUGAUAAUGAAACUGGUUUAGACCUGAAAAAGAAGUCGGAGGUUAAGAUGCAUGAUGGUUCAUAUCAGGCUUUGAAAUACCUGCCAAAUUCUUUGCACAAAGUUGACUGCAAUCCAAAGCCUCGCCGGCCUCUAUGUAAUGAUCCACGUGCACAGGCGUUCAUCAAUAAGGUCAUGAAAGUUUAGAGCAAAGCUGCCCUCUUGCUAAUGCAGCAGUAGACGUGAAACUGAAAAGGUACAUUUCUGAAAUGCCUUCCUCACAUGUUCAGAAAAUGAAAGUAGUUUUUUUUUUUUUUUUUUUUCUUGAAGUUUCAUGUUUAACCAUGUGAAGAGUUUACAGAUGAACAAACCAGCCCCGAGCAAGGAGGAGAGUGAUAUUUCGCUGAAUAUUGUGUGUUCAGAGCAUGUUGUUCACUGCUUUUUGACAGCAACUCACCAAACAGGUUUGCAACAGCAGCUGAAACAUCCUUUGUAGUGUAUUAAGCCUUUUGUGUAUUUUCGUGCCCACAGCAAAUAUUCAACUAUUUGAUGUCACAUAUCCUGAUUGUGGUAGUUGCUUUGGUUCCCCUCCUGUAAUCUCUUCUUAGUUUUUUUAAUCUUCCCCGCUCUCAUGUGUAAAUUGUCAAUACUAACCGUAUGCAAAUCAGAAGUGCAGCUUUUAGUUCCUAUGGGCUGCUGCAGUAGUUGGCUAACACUCUGACCAAACAGAGUAGAUCCUCUUUUGUUACGCAAUCUUAGUGGUUAUGAUUUCUGAAGCUGAAGAGCAGCUGAUGGGAGUCUAAGUGCUGUGUGGGAGCAACUACACUGCUGAAUGAUGUGUAUUAGUCAGUGAGUAAAAUGAGAUCUUUCUCUUGGUGCUUGAAGUUUGAGCUGUAAGGAAUUCACUCUGAAGUUUUUGGUCUGCCACGAUGAAGGGAAGAAAUGGCAUGCUACGCGUGCUGACAGAUGAUUGGCACAGUGUAAGCAUUAUCAACCUGCAGGCGCUGUGAAGCACCGGGAUUUUUGAGGGCAUUCGAACUGUUAAAAAUAACUGCAGCUUGAAAAGUAGAAAGCAUGUCAGAGGGGCAAAGACCAGCAAAAAUAGCAGAUCUCCUAGUCAAUUUCCUCUGACUAUUAGUUCACCCUGUAAAGCUCUUCCGUUAUCAUAUUUCCUGACAGGUUUUUUUUCUAGACGGGCCUUUCUUUGACUUCCUGGACAGAUUCAGCCCCUGUGAAGCAGUUGAAUGUUGCAUGGUGCUUGUGCUGUUGGAAAAAUGCAUCAGUGCUGCAUCUUUGUACCUUGUCUAAAUGUAAUAUGUUGAAGUCUGAAAAUGUCCAUCAAUUGCACAAAAAAAAGUCAAAAUAAAAAAUGAUAUUUCUCAAUGUGUUUCUGCAGACAGCUUAACUGGAAUAUAAGCAUGAUUAUUAAUGAGCAUGUUGUUGCUAGGGUCAGUUUCAUCAUACCAGGAUAAAUUGCAUAAACCUCUCCUUUUUGUUUUUACUCAUCUAAGUGUUUUCACUACCUACUUAUUUCUCUCUCAGAGAGAGAUUCUGUGUUUUGCUCAUGCUGUUGCCAGGAGACUCCCUGGGUUUUGAUUUUGGAGAGCCUGUGUGGACCAAUCAGCUGUUUGUUGUGGCAUCAGUCCACCAAUCAGCUAUGAGCUGGUGUUCUGUGUAGGCGGGCUGCUUCAGUGUUGAUUCUUUUUUUUUUUUUUGCAAUAUCUACCAAACCUUAGUCUAUGCGCUCUGAGGGGCGGGGGCAGGGUGGGCAUUCACAGCCUCUGGGCAACUGUCAGCCUGCACCAGUGCACGACUUAGUAUACAUGCACUAUGGAUACGCAUACAAACAAAAACAUACUUGUCAUGUGAAAGAUUUCUGCUGUGCUCUUUUUAUGUUUGCUUUUGCACAGAUCAAAUCUAAAAACAGCUGCAGCCGUCAGACUUUUUUUUUUAAUUUCACAAAAAUAUUAAAAGAGGCUCAAAUAUCAAAUAAUAAGAACAUUAAUUUGUGUGGCACAUUACAUUUUAAGUGUUUGUUUGUCUUUUUGUGCACUCAGACACUGUUUUGACACACUUCUGUUGCCUGCCCUGUCAGCCUGAUGUUUGAGCUGUUACAGACAAUUUUAGCAGCUUCCUCUUAAAUCACAUCUAUUCUGAGUUAAAACUGGGGGAAUUUCUGAUGUAAUUUUCCCUUUUCACUUAUGGUGUUUCUCUCUCUUUGCUUCCAGGUUAUUGGUUUAUUAGACGUUUUCACACCAGCAACAAGCUUAGAGGAGUUCAAUGAUGUGUAAGUCAACAUUUUCAUCCUUUUCUUCUUUCUUUAAGGUGAAUAAUGAAACUGGAGUUACAAAGUAAUCCUAAUUCUUCUUGUCAUAACUUCAUGUUGUAACUCAUGUUGAGCCAAACAUGUAGCAGGUUUUGCCAAGGUGAAUGUAGGGUGGACACGUGCGCCAAACACAUCACAGCUAGUCUCCAUGGUAACAGCCAUCUGGCUGUUUCUGGGGGUACAGCGUGUGUGUGCAGAAUAUUCAAUCAGUGUCCUUGAUUUCUCAACAUGCCGUGACGUCAUCAGCAUGUUGCACAUUUUUGGAAAUGUGUUGUGUAGCUUCACAGACACUGAUUUGUAAAGGUGCACAAAUCUGCACAGUAAAGAUAGGAUGCAUCCAUUUGAUCACAAGAACAUUUUAGAAAUAAAUCCUUGCAGCAGAAGAGAAGCAGAUGUGUGUGCAUGAUCACAGGUUAGCCAAUGACAGGUUUCCUGUGGUAUGAGGUCAGAUAAAGCAAAAUAACCACAAACAGGAGCUACAUUUACUCUCAGCUGGUCGGUUCUCUGUAAACACAUUCUACUGUUAACAUAAAACAAUAACACCAUCAAUCCCUUCCCACUUUAUCAGCCUGUUUCUUUCCACUCUGCCAUUCUUUAGGUGUCUGAAUAAUGAACCACCCUAACUUUUUCAGUAAAACAGCAAAGUAACAAAGAGAGGUGAUAAAAACCUGCAAAAGAAUCAAGUGUGAUUUGGUCUUUCUUGUAGGUAGAAAUGAAAGGAUCUUACCGGAUUUUUUUUUUUUUUUACAGAGAAAAAAGACAAUAAAAGUGAUGACAGAAAACAGAGAAGAGACUCACAUUACAAUCUCACAUCUGAUUGGUUGUAUUAUUUUUUUCAUUUGAAGCUACCUGGUGACACACCUGAUGGGUGCAGACCUCAAUAACAUUGUGAAGUGUCAGAAGCUGACUGAUGAUCAUGUCCAGUUCCUCAUCUACCAGAUCCUCAGAGGCCUAAAGGUCAGUGACACAACAACACAGUUUAGACAUGUUUUCAGUUUAUGUUUUAUCAAAAUGAUCUUACCUGCCUUUUCUUAAUGUAUGAACUUUUCUCAUGAUUGCUGAGGAAACUUUUUUUCUUUUCACAUUGGUUUUACACCAGAAUACUUCUAUAUACAGUUUUUGAUUGUACGUUAAAUGUACUGUCGUUCACCCACUUCAGCCAAUUCAAGCAGGGAACUGGUUACAGUUCAAUGACUGUAUCUGUUCAAGUUUGUCACUCAUGGUGAUUCAGUGUAUUUUCACUGUUAAGGUGCAAAUAUUUGAUAGUAAGACUGACAUGUUGUUUGGUUUUCCCCUCACAGUACAUCCAUUCUGCAGAUAUCAUCCACAGAGUAAGUUCAUGUCUCUGUUUACACUUCUUUUGAGAGUGAGUCUCUUGUGUGAAUUGCGAUUUGUCCCCAGCUCUGUUGAUCAUGUUGCUCCUUUUAAGGGGGCCAAAAUGAUGAAUUCCACAUCAUCAUAUUUUGUGUGUUUUUGUGAGCAUAAACGUGCCUCUGUGGUCCCUGCCUUGACUUUACAUUCUUCAUGUUCAUCUCUGCAGGACUUAAAGCCCAGUAAUCUGGCUGUGAAUGAAGACUGCGAGUUAAAGGUAAGGAAAAGAGGAUUGGCAUAUGUGAUUUAUAUUACAGGCUAGAGGAAAAUGUUUUGCUUUUACCUCCCCUACCUCUAAAGUAAAAACCCUUUCAUUCUUCAGAUCUUGGAUUUUGGUUUGGCGCGGCACACAGAUGAUGAAAUGACGGGUUAUGUGGCCACACGGUGGUACAGAGCUCCAGAGAUCAUGCUCAACUGGAUGCACUAUAACAUGACAGGUACAACACACAGAAUCAAUCACAACUAUUACACCUGCAGCUUAAUGUAAAGUAACACUUUUUCCUUUUACACAAUGAAAUUGUACAGAAAUAAUCUGCUGUCGUCAGUGUGUCAAGGGGUGUUGUGAUUCAGAAAGUACCUACAGUACUCCGUCACUGCAGACAUAUGUAGCUUUUUAUUCUGAAGCAGGCUUUGUUAAGAGUUUGUGACAUAAGAAAUGAUUAGCACUAUUAUCGAGAAACUAGGCCAGCUUUCCAAUUUCCUUGUGGAUUCAACGUGACGAAAAUGUUCAACAUGGACCAGAGCACAAAAAUAAGUUGUUUAGCACAGCGUUGAGCUGUUGUUGAUGUUGAGAUUUAAUUACUUUCAAACAGCAUGUAGUUGCUUUGUAGCACAUGCAAAGCACAUAACAGGAAGAAGUUUUAGUCUCUUAUAGUAAAAAAAAUAGAAAUCAAAGGUGUGUUUUAGAAGAACCUAGGGAAAAACACUCUGACUGAAAGACUGUGCAUGGCUAUUGAAUACUUAAAAAUUGUGCUGAAAGUGACUGAAGUAAUUGGUGUAAUUAAUUGGACUUAAGCAUGUUUUUUUUCCUGACAUGCAUCAGUGGAUAUCUGGUCAGUGGGCUGCAUCAUGGCUGAACUACUCACAGGACGGACACUUUUCCCAGGCACAGACCGUAUCCUUUUACUGCUAUGACUGCAAUACAACAAAGAAAUGGCUGAACUUGUAUCAUUGCUGUGGCUUCAUAUAAAUGAAGGAGCAGUUUGAAGGGUGCGUACUGCACUUUCAUGUGUAUAGAUGUGACCAGAAUCCUAGAUUUCCUGUACGAGGUGUGUUACUCCCCAUAUUCAAGGCACACUUGCUCGCUCUCGCACACAAUUGCACACAAUUUUACUCAUUUGUGGGCUUUGCUGGGUAUUGGUUUUUGUGAGCUGCAUGCCAGAAUACUAAAGUGUGUGUUUAUGUGUGCGCGCAUGGGCAUAGGAUCAGAGUUAGAGUCCCCUGUGGUUGAUGACUCAGCUCUGCCCACUUUGGUCUCCGCUGUUUCUCCAAGAUACCAACUGCACACCUUCCCGUUUCCCUCCCACAAAGCUUCUCAUACACACAACAGCAGAGCAGUGUUCAAUACAAAAUACACAGGAAGAUGCUGCGUGAUCAGGAAGCACACUCGCACUCACCUGUAGCCAGUGGUUGGCAGGUACUACAGAGGUCAUGGUCCAGUUUAGGAUUAAAGGCGGAGGCUUGCUGUGACUUAAUGUGUUCAAAUCCUGCUAAGAAUCAGUCUCACCACUCACUCCAUCACUGCAGGCUCUCAUUGUGUAUGUUCAAAUGUGUGCUUCCCACCAAAUGUAAAGGUGUAUUCUUGUGCUCCUCUUGGAUAGUCAUAGUUUCUGUGUUUGAAAGCUCGCCUUCAAACAUUGGCGUAUUCACAGGCUUUUAUUUUGGAGAGCCAGGUUUAAAGUUGCCUGACUUUUUAAUCAAUAGAUACUGAAAUAUUGUUUAAGCUCACAUACCUGACUUGUUAUAAGGGUUUGCAUAGCACAUUAAUGUCAAAUAACUUUGUGAGUCUAGUUCACUCUGUGUGGAAUACAACUAGCAGUAAAAUUUUGAUGAGCAAGAAUUAAUCACAUUUCAUUUCCCUGAGUAUGGCGUCAAGUCAGCAAGCCAGGCACCAAAUAUUUCCCAAGUUUUGAGUUUUUCUAACUUGGGCAACACUUAACAUGAAAUUUCUAACUUCACAACUUACUUACCAGCAUGUAUGACACCAUUUGAAUGCAGGAUAAAUUAUCAUGAUGUCUCUGAUGGAGAGAUCCUCUUAGGAAGUGUGGUUAAUUUAUGAUAAGUCUAGAAGUCUCUAAUAGUCCAUCACAUUCAACCUAUCAUGACACAGUGUGCAGAGGUUGUACACAGAUUUUUUUUUGCCUUUAGUGUUAUCUAAAGUCCUGCAGUAAAUUUUAAUGAUUGUUGCCACUGUUUUUGUACUGUAGAAGAGCCAUAUACCUAACUUAGUGUGGUUUAGUUGGAUGUAGUAGACCCCAGGUUUAACCAAAUCAUUGCAGUUCAGUAACUCUUUCAUGCUUUUUGCAUAUAUUUUUGGUUAUCACUGGUUGGUGAAAAAAAGAUUGGUGAUCACUGAUUUGAAAAGGAAAGAAUACCUGCCAACCAUUUUAAAAAAUCAGUUUAACGCUGAUUUCCACAUUUGUUGGCCUCUUCAUCUGUUGUGAUGACAGGAUGCAUCACAACAGAUGAUGGCAUGGCACCGUCACCACUCCUGAGUAGAAGAAAAAUAUACUGGAGAAGUAAAGUUGUUCUUUUUUUCACUUGGUUGUAAGAUUGUUAUCAGGGGUCUGUUGAAGUCUACACAUGUGAUGUCUGUACUUUGGUUGACUUUUUCUGUUGGACUGAAUCAUCCAUUAUUUUCAGAUGCUGAUUUGAGCUUCGACUGUUGUACCCCCCCACCCCCACCCCCUUCUCCUCCAUCAUCCUCCAUCCCUCCCUGUUUUCCUUUAUGUGAGUGUGGUAGACAUUGAUCAGUUGAAGCGUAUAAUGCUGCUCGUCGGGACCCCAGGGGCUGAGCUCUUGAUGAAAAUCUCUUCGGAGUCUGUGAGUGUCAAAUACCAUCCUGCCAAGCUCUGCACUACCCCUUCUGCCUGUUGUUUGUGCUGCCUUUGUGUUGGCAAGAGUGGGAUGGUCUACUUACUACUCUUUCUUGGCACUACUUUUUUCAAUGCUGCACUUAUUUAUGCCCUGAACUGGUGUGUUUCUGGAGGCUAUUUGCUCCGCAGGACAAAACAUUGAUUCUUACCUCUUUCUAGCUUGUGCUUGAGCGAAUCUCUUAACUUGACAGUCAAGGCAAAGUUACAAAGUCGAUAAAUAUCUAUAAAUACUUUGACUUUACCUUACAGGUAGGCAAGUGUGCCUUGUUUUCUUGCCCAGGCUUCCUCUGUGUUACAUCCUUUCCCUAGUGUGUGAUCCCCUUCAUCCCAUCCCCCCGUCAAAUUCCCCCUAACCCCCCAUGCUCUUUGACAUGCUGAUCUCCAUGUUGCGAUGCCCCUUGACUCAAAAGCCAUAGAUAUAAACCAGCUGCAGCAGAUAAUGCGCCUGACCGGGACACCCCCAGCCUCCCUCAUAAGCAGGAUGCCCAGCCAUGAGGUGAGACACGUGUCCUCCGCCUACCCACGUGCCCUGGCUCUCCCCCUGCAGAUGGAAUCAGGGCACCAGCUGAGAUACCCACAGUCCUGUUUACAAAGAAAAACAGUUAGACCUCAUGUGUUGUUUUUUUUUUUUAGUCAGCAGCCUCUGCUCUCACUCCCCAUUUCCUCUCUGACUCACUGUGCUUGUCUCAGCAAGGCUUCCCAGAGUGCUUUGCAAGUGUUUUCUGAUGAGCUGUCUGUGGUGACACAUGGGUUCUGAAAACUAGGGCACUAAGCUGGGAAAAUGUGGAAGAUUUGGGUUCUGAUUGAAAUGCCUGAAGCAUGCCUUACUGGAAAGAAGGACUGUAAUACUUAAAGCACCAGGCCCCGUUUUUAAGCCACGUCUUUUCAAAAGUUUCAUAGUUUGAUGUGCAGCUAGACCAAAUGCAACCUCUUACCCUCAUAAAAACAUAAGACCUUCACAGUUUUUGCUUUUGUUCGUAUUCUGUUUACAGGCAAGGAACUACAUAAACUCACUUCCCCACAUGCCCAAGAGGAACUUUGCUGAUGUGUUUAUUGGUGCCAACCCUCUUGGUAAGUUCCUGUUUCAACAUCAAGCUGCGGUCGACACUCCUGAUUCACUGAGUCCCCCUACUGGUUUCAUCAGGUCACUGUUGACGUUUGAUCAGAGGUGGUUCACGAUAAAUGAUCCACCCUGAAAAGUUCUGUAGUGUUUUAAUAAAUGAAGUUUCAACACCUUUUUAUUAAUAUUAAAUUAAAGCUGAUGGUUCCCUCUUGACCACAUACUCAUCUGUUUUUUAUUUUGCUGUGUUCAAGCUGUGGACUUGCUGGAAAAAAUGCUCGUACUGGACACAGACAAGCGGAUCACAGCGUCUGAGGCUCUGGCCCAUCCGUACUUCGCCCAGUAUCACGAUCCAGAUGAUGAGCCUGAAGCAGAGCCCUACGACCAGAGCUUUGAAAGCCGGGAGCUGGAAAUCGAGGAGUGGAAGAGUAAGUUGGCACAUUGUCAGUGUAGGCGGUUUGGUAUGAUCUGCUGGGGAGAGGAUAGAGAAGGUGCAGGUGACCUCUUUGGCAAUAUGAGUAACUUCAAGAACUAUUUUUGUCAUCACUCAGGGUUAACCUAUGAGGAGGUCCUGAGCUUUGUGCCACCGUCGUUCGACAGUGACGAGAUGGAAUCGUGAGGAGGAAGCACUUUUAUUCUUCCGUCUUUUGUUUUCCAAGAAACACUCUCUACGGACUAUCAGUCUCAUUUGACUAUCCACCACUUUUCUCACACACACGCACACAACCAUGACAUUCAAGUGCCUGCCAUUAUUCAUCUCCAGGGGAUGCUGAGAUAUCAGGGAUUAAAUCUGGCAUCCUGUUUCUCCCCAAACUUUGAUUCUUUACUUUUGUUUAUCUCAAAUAUUUGUUGCUCAUAUUGAUCCCCUCUUUGAUAAAAAAAUUAACUUGUUAGUAUCUUAGAGAAAAUUUGAGAUGCAAAACUAGACAUGUUUUAAUUUAUAAAGGUAUGCUUCUUAGCAGUAACUCUUGUAGGACACUUGUAUUGAACAUUUAAAAAUUGCAGUGUGUCUGAACUUUCUCUUUUCUUCACACUUUAAAAACGAAAUGUAAAUAUGGAAAACAGUAUUUGUACAUAUGUACUUCAGUCAAACUAGUAACAUUAACUGUGUAAUAGUCACAAAUGUUGAGUCACACCUCAGCAGACCCCUUUGGCAGUAUGGAUUAUAUCUCUAGAGCUUAGUUUAAAUGGUUUAAAGAUACAGUAUGUAAAUUAAUGGAAGUGUGUAAAGGAUAGGACGAUUACCAAUGUUUGUAAAAUAUUCACUUUAAAAUGAAGAAAUCAAGGCUUAGACUGUCACUAUUUUGAAUUGAUAUUAAUUUGGAGAAUAAGGAAGCUUUUCUUAUGUUACCACUUUCCCCUCCAGACAUUUCUAUAGAUUCUCCUCCUUACCUCCAUAUCAAAUAUUUUUUGUACUGAUCUGUUUUGUUGUUUUGGAAGAAUGUUUCAGACACCAUUAUCUCCACCCACAGUACUGCUUCUGCAUGAUCAAGCCAGAUCUGGCUUAUUGGUUUCUUAAACUAUCUUUCCUGCCACAUCACCAACUGACAAUGUACUUAAGUCAUACUGCAUUUAUAAAACACAGUACUAUUAAUGUUUAUUGAAUGUUUGGGUGCCUCUCUGCCUCGUAUUUAUGAUCUUUUGUUAGGAUGUUUGUAUAUCAAUGUAAAAGAGAAUAUUAUUUGUCUGAAUCUUAGGUUCUUUUUUUAUUAUUUAUGAAGAGCUUACUGUAUCACAAACCUGUUGUACUGUUAGUGAUCUCUAACAUUAGAAUAAGCCGUGGUGACUGCAGCUACAGCUUGUGAAUCAGAACCAACGAUUUUAAGAUUCUGCAGACAACCUUGUAAUUUUAAUCAGAUUGAUAAAAGUUUUAAAAAGUCCAUAGGCAUUUAUUUAUCUUGCUUUGUCCCCAAGGUACUGCCCUCUAAAAGUUUCCAAAACCUUUCAAAAGGAAAUAUUUGAAAAAACACUGGAAAAUGUGUCCAGACAGUAUGUUCGCAUUUGUAUGGACAUACAAACCACUAACCAGACUUGACUAGUUCUAAAGUUUACCACAGACAUUUAAGGACAAUAUGAUUUUUCAGUGAAAUUACAUCCACAUGUGACAUACAAGCUUUAUCCACAGUCCCUCUCACUAAUAUCAGUCUCAAUUAAACAAUAAGAAGUAUCUUUACUCUUUCAUUUUACAUCUGCCUGUUUUCAUGUAGUGCUUUUUAUGAUGCAUUAUUUAAUUCUUUGAGUUUUGAAUCAAGUUAUGAUGUUCCUCUGUGAUUCAUGUACUAUUGAUUGUUUUUUUAAACUAUAUUUGUCAUACAUUUGAAUGAUUUAGCAGGGCACAUGUUUGUGGGAAAGAGUGUACGUUUACUCACUGGAUGCUGAAGGGCAAAGCUGAAGCCUGACUCUGUGUAGUUUUUAAGCAACUGCAUCAUAUUACAUUAUUUAACUUAUCCAUUUCCCAAUGUCAGUAGUUAAUUUGGUCAUACUUUCUUUGCCUGAGAUGUGUUCAUAUCAUUUUACAAUGUUCUUUACCACAUGUACCAAGGCAGCACGCCACCUGUAAAUACUACCAUUAGAAAAUAAAGGCUACUAUUUUUCAAUCUGUAA